AUGCCAGGCGUCGCCAAAGAGGCCGUAGUGCCUAUCGAGGCCGUGCUCUUCGGGUUGUCGACGCUCCUCGUACUGGCCCGUUUAUCACUCCGCACCAUCCGUCAAAGACAGAAACUCACCAUCAGCGAUUGGCUCCUCGUCGUUUCUUUACUCGAUGCGGCUGCCCUCCUCGGAACCGAUACAGCCUCAUACAAUCUUGGGGGAAUGGACGAAUUUGACCCCAACGAGCCGGAGCGGAGCAUAGAGGACCAGAUCACGCUGAUGAAGGUCUCGUUUGCGGGCAACUAUUUCUACGACACGGGCGUCUACUUUCCAAAGCUGGCCUUGCUGGCACUAUACUUCAAGCUCAUUCCGCAGACCAUGCCAGUCUUGCGCAAAGCUCUUUACGGCGUGACGAGUUUGACGGGAGCGUUCAUGGUGACUACUUGCUUCUUGGAUACGUUUUGGUGUGGUCCCAAGGUUUCGUUGAAUUGGACGAUUGAUAGCAGUUGCACAACUUUUGACUCGAAGGAAGUUUUCCGUAUUGAUUGGGGAAUGAACUUCGUGUCUGAUAUAUUUGUGUUUGCUCUUCCUUUCCCCCUUCUCUUUGGACUGCAGAUCAGCAAACGCUACAUGGCUGGCUUGGUUGCCAUCUUUGCAUCAGGACUCAUCACGGUCGGAGCGAGUAUAGCCAGGUUUGCAACCGUCGAAGCUAUUCACGCUUGGACCAAUGUUUACGUGUUAUCAAUGACUGAGAUGACGGCUGCCAUUGUCGUGGUUUCGCUACCAGCACUCAAGUCUCUUCUCCAUGGGCUUGGACUACGCUCCUCGAAAAGGGGGACCACAAACACGGGCUCAGGUUACAACAAGCAUUCAGCAAACGUAACUGUAUCAAGCCACUUCAACAAGUUGUCAAGCGGGCGUGACAACGGGGAACUCUACGCCACUACCGCAAGAGUGGCAGCGGCCCCUGAAGAAGACUCUGGUAGCGAGGUGGAGCUUACAAACCUCCGAGGCAUCUACAAGUCGGCUCGCAUAAGUGUGACAUACGAGCGGCGUAGCGAUGUUGGCUGA